UACUUUUUAUCCCGAAAAAAUUUGAUAUUCUCGAGGGAAAAUGAAAUUAUUGGUAUAGAUGGCGCUGUGUGUAUUGGUAUAUGUCACAUAGCCUACUUUUUAUCCUUUUGUGAUGCAAAAUAAUUAUCAUGUAUCUUUCAUGGCUUCAUAGAAAUUAAUGUUGAGCUAAAAAAGUCAACGACAAUGUUGCAGGUUGGCAACUUUAAUUCGAAAAAAACAACUGUCAAGUUUAUGAAGUCAAGCAACAAGCAAAAUGGAGGAAAUAUGGGAAAAUGCUUGUAAAAGUGAAAAUAAUUGAAGUUUCGGUUUAGAAAACACGAUUGUGAAAAUUCUGACUGUGUGCCCUUCGAAGAAAUUGCUAUGGAGGCUUAUGCUGGACUUAAUUUUGGUCAUUUCUCAUUGUAUUAGAUCUAAUAGUUAUAAGUUGUUCAAUUAAACGAUUUUUGAUGUAUUUACGUAGAUUUAUAAACUGGAGACUAUCUUUUCAUCAUUUCAUUGUAAUUAAUUUUAUUUAUUUUCAUUGUUGAUGUCCAUUUUAUUAGGUUAGGUUUAGGUCGAUUUAGGUUGUAACAAUGAACAUACAAGUCUGCAGAGAUUCCUCAGACGCUACGGCUCUGUAUUUGCCGCAGCGUUUGUAUCUUAAAUCCUUUGCAAAGAUUAAUAUUUCUGUCCAGCUCCCCUCCCACAAGGUACACGGCAAGUCAAUAUCAAACUGGGAACUUAUGGAGAAGUUGCGAAAGAUGAUCCUCCCUGAUAAUUUUUCCGUGUUAAAAGUGUCAAAGCAUAGUUCGGAAGUGAUAAGAUUUGAUGCGGAACUAGAGAAUCGUGAUAAUCUCGAGAGAGUGUUGGCGAGACUCGAGGACCGCGUGAUUCAGUUAAAGGAGUACCCUGACCAGCUGAAAGUCAAGGUCUGUGAAGCCAAGUCUGAGUUUCCUAGUCGUCAUGAUUGGGAUUCGUUCUUUCGAGAUACUACAGAAAUGGAUGAAAUGAAGCCUGGAGAGCGUCCAGACACCAUCCAUAUAUCCAACCUGCCGAUCAGAUGGUUUAUACAUAGUAGAGACCAAGACGAGGAUGCCCUGCCUUCAGAGAGUUUUGUGAAGAAAAUAUUUGAAAAGUUUGGUUCAGUGCGACAAGUGGACAUUCCAGUGUCUGAUCCAUAUCGGAUGCAAAUGAAGGCAACUAUGAGGGGUAUAACAACCCCUCCACAGGAGGCUGCCCUGUAUUUUGAGAUCUAUGUACAGUUCAGUGAAUAUGUUGGCUUUGUUCGCUGCAUGGAUGCAUUAAGAGGUCGAAAACUUCUACGGAAGAGAGAUGACAUUGCAGAGUGGUGUGGCAUUAAAGUGGAAUUUGAUAAAACUAAACAUAUGACUGAUGCAGCUGUCAAGCGGAGAUCUAUAGUCCGUGAGAGGCUGGCUUCACGUCAGAAAGUUAAAGAUGAUGAAGAAAGGGCAGAGAAAGAAAGAAUAGCCAAAAAAGAGGUGAAAGAAAGGCAAAAGUAUGAGCGUUCAGAGAGAGAAAAGCUAGAAAAAAUGAGAGAAAGAGAAGAGAGACGCAAGAAGAAACAGUUGGCUAAACUAAUGCAGAGUGAUAACCUGGACCUCAACAGUAAAGUUGCUGAGGAGCAGAGGAAACUUGUUAAAACCCAGAAGAAGUUGCAGGCCAUCCGGCUCAUUGAAGAACUGUUUAAGAGGAUUGAGUUGCGACCAGAGCUUCAACGCAAUGGUAACCGUGAGCAGCACUACUUGCCGGGCGAGAGGAAUGCGCGCGCGCGGAUCAUUGACAAGUUCAAGCGACAACAACAAGACCUGCUGGACGAACAGAGGCAGAACUACAGUAACGCUUUGAAUGGUCGCAUAGUAAUUCGAUCGGUGCUUGAAACAAAGAAGCCUAAACGGGACUCUUCAAUGAGCUCUGUAUCAUCAGACGAGCGCGCCAGACGCUGUGAUAGGGAUAACCAUAAGAAAAUUAAAACAGAAAGACUGACCACACCGGAGCGAGAGAUGGAGUACAAUAAGGCUACAGCUGCGAGUUUGUACAGUAUGCAGCCGUAUGGUUUCGGCUACCCGUUCCCCUGUCCGCCCAGCUACGCCUACCCGCCGCAAACGUCGAUGUACUACCCCGUGCGCGGGUCGUACUACCCGCCGCCGGGGGACUACCGCCGCCCGCGGGGGGGACGCGGCCGCGGCCGGGGGAGGAACCCACGGAUGCCGUACUUCGAUGGACCAGAUGCCAAUCAUCAGUAUUACAGGACAGGACGCGCGGUCGCUCGCGGGACUCGCGGUCGCGGUCGCGGUCGCGGCGGCGCUCGCACGAGCGGUCACACUCGCGGUCUCACUCGCGGUCGCGGCGGCGGUCGUACACGCGCUCGCGAUCUCGCAGUCGCAGGUCUAGGAGCAGGAGUCGACGGUCCAGGUCUAGGAGUAGAAGAUCCAGAUCCUACCACUCACGAUCGCGGUCUCGGUCGCGAUCUCACCGUCGAUCCCGCUCCCGGUCUCGGCGCUCUCGCUCCAAGUCUACCAGUCGACACGAUCCACACGACCGAUCUGAAACUAGAAAGGUUAUUUCACCCAACCGGACUGAGUCGCGACGUUCUCGAAGCUGGUCGCAGAAGAAAGACGAUACAGGACAUGAUCGGCGACGGCGACCUCUCGCGUUCGGCCCUAGUGCGGGUCAUGAUGCGGAGCGAGGGGGACUGGGAUGCCGUCUCCUUCUUUGGCGAAGCAGUCAUGCUAUCUAAGGAGGAGGCGGGGCGCAUGAGGCAGCGAAGCAGCGAAGCGUUGCCUCCUCACAACCCAGCCAUCGCGAAGGACACUUCUUGCGUCGAGGAUCGCGAGACAACUGAAGCCGUCUGCGGACGGCGAGCUUGGGUAGUUCGCCGCCCCACCAGAACCAGACCCGAGCGUGCAGCGCAACCCGUUCCGCGCGCGGGUCAACCACCACGGGUGGGGCCCAACAGGGCUAAUGAACUUAACGGGUUACCGGGGCUCCGGCUCGAAGUGCAUGAGUAG